CUCUCCUCUCCCUCUCUCUCUCUCUCUCUCUCUCAACAUGGCAGGACAAGUGCCCUUCUCUGCUGGACUCUCUGCCCUUAUUGUUAUUGUUCUUGUCCAUGAGAGCUGCAGUACUGCUGAGGAUGGUCAUCGCUGUGCUCCUUCUUCCUGCGGCGAUCAAAACAUAAACUAUCCCUUUCGAUUACAAGACCAACCACAAAACUGCGGCGACGGAAAUUAUAGCCUGUCAUGUGAGAACAACCAAACAGUGUUACACUUAUAUGCCGGAAAAUACUACGUACGACAAAUCAAUUACGAAAACUACACAAUCCGAGUGGUAGAUUCUGGUAUUCAUCACCUAUCCAUCCCUCUUUAUUUUCUAAACCGCAAUAAUUUCAGUUAUUAUAAGGAUCCAUAUCAAACAAUGGUGAGAAAGUCGUGGUAUCGCGAUGAUAGAAAACUAUCAAAGGGUGUGGUUUUCUUGAUGUGUGAAAAUCCGGUGAAUUCCCGAUUCUAUUUGGAGACUUCAACUUGCUUUGGGAAUAAUGGAGAGUGUUCUUCCAACUCCUCCAAGUUGUAUAGAUAUGUUAAAGUCGGCAGAACGAAUGCAGAGGAUGUGGAGGACGAUUGCCAAAUAGAGCGAAUGGUUCAGACAUCGUGGCCAGGACAUAUUUCCUCUUCAGACGUCCACAACGCAUUGGUAUAUGGUUUUGAGCUUUCAUGGCUCCGACUUAUGUGUGUACCAAGCUGCGGAUCAGGAGAAGAUUGCUACUUGGAUGACGCGAAUCGUGUUCGUUGCGACUCUCGAGAUAAAAUAUUUAGGUUAAUCCUAUACUACGCAUCCCAUUUCGUAACUUUUCUUUCGGGACUAAUUUAUAUUGGACUAUACAAGGCCCUAAUAACUGUGUUAGGCACUCCUUGUGUGAUUGCAUUUUUGAUAUAUAAAUGGCGUAGAAGGCAUUUAUCCAUGUAUUAUGCUGUUGAAGAAUUUCUACAAACCCACAACAACCUCAUGCCAAUAAGGUACUCUUACUCAGAAAUUAAGAAGAUGACCGAAAAUUUCAAGGACAAAUUAGGUGAAGGAGGCUAUGGCACGGUAUAUAAAGGAAUGCUUCGAAGUGGCCGUCUUGUAGCUAUAAAGAUGUUAGGUAAAUCCAAAACUAAUGGACAAGACUUUAUAAAUGAAGUUGCAACUAUUGGAAGGAUUCACCAUGUUAAUGUAGUGCAGCUUAUUGGUUUUUGCAUUCAAGGGUCAAAGCAGGCUCUUAUAUAUGAAUUCAUGCCUAAAGGGUCUUUGAAUAAGUACAUUUUUUCACCAGAAGAAAGUGUUGUCCUAAGCUACAAGAAAAUAUAUGAUAUUGCAAUUGGAGUUGCUCGUGGGAUUGAAUAUUUACAUCGAGGAUUGCAGCUUAUUGGUUUUUCCAUUCAAAGGUCGAAUCGGGCUCUUAUAUAUGAAUUCAUGCCUAAAGGGUCAUUGAAUAAGUACAUUUUUUCGCCAGAAGAAAGUGUUGUCCUAAGCUACAAGAAAAUAUAUGAUAUAGCUAUUGAAAUUGCUCGUGGGAUUGAAUAUUUACAUCGAGGAUGUGGCAUGCAGAUUUUGCAUUUUGAUAUCAAGCCUCACAACAUUCUUCUUGAUGAGAAUUUGACUCCUAAGGUUUCUGACUUUGGCCUGGCACAACUGUAUCCAAUAGAUAACAGUAUUGUUUCUUUGACUGCAGCAAGAGAAACAUUAGGAUAA